UCAAGAAGUUUGGUAUGGAUCUCUUCUCGGAGGAACAGAUCACCGAGUUCUACGCAACCUUCUGCCUCUUUGACAAGAAUGGAGAUGGGUGUAUCACGUUCGAAGAAUUAUCGACCGUCAUCAAGUCGCUGGGCCUGAAGCCUAACGAAGGAGAGGUGCACAAAAUGAUCAGCGAAAUCGAUGCGAAUGGCAAUGGGACGAUAGAAUUCCAGGAGUUCUUGAACCUGAUGGCCAGCAAAUUAAACAAGGGGAUUGACUCAGAGGACGAACUCAAAGAGGCCUUCAAAGUCUUCGACAAGGACCAGAAUGGCUUCAUCUCCGCGACCGAGCUAAGGAACGUGAUGAUAAGUCUGGGAGAGAAAUUAACGGAUGAAGAGGUGGCUCAGAUGAUCAGAGAGGCGGACUUGGAUGGAGAUGGGCAAGUCAACUUCGAAGAAUUUGUGAAGAUGAUGUCUGUAUGAUCACUAUAUAAAGAGUAGGCAUUAUCUGUACAUGUUCAUGAAGUUUUCAGCUUUUUCUUUGGGGGGGGGGGAUACAGAAACAGUGGAUGAUUCUUUUGUAGUUUCAGACAUUGACAUACAAAUUCCAAGUUCCAAACUCGGUUUUCCUUUCACAACUUUCCUCCACACUGGUCAAAACAUGAUGCAAAGACCAAUGUGCAGCUGGCAAAGUAGUAAGAAUAUCAUAUUGGCAAGUUCAUAUUGAGCAAAAAGAGAUGGACAUUUAUGAUCUUCUCAAACGAUAACAUUGUACAGAAAAUAAAGAGGCAAUAUAAAUUUUUUUUUUCCUUUUUAA